AUGUGUUUGUGUCUGUAUGUCUGUGCUGGCAGCCAGGCCGGUUCAAGGUCUACAGAUCAGGCCAGAAGGCCGCUUUUUGGCCAAGAGUUGCUAAGGCUGUUGCCAAUGCUGCUGCCGAUGCUGGCUGCAAAUUGGACGACCGAGACAAUCGCUGGUUGGGCAAUCGUGUUGUCCUCCCGAGCCAGUUAUCCCGCUUGUGGCACUUCGCUUCGGCCCAUCACCCAGCCGGCUCUGCGAGGCAGCCUCACAGACUGUGGGUCGGAGCGGUUUCCACGCGCCCUGUCCCCAGACGACCGCCUUCGUGGGCAUGGACAGACUGGCAGAGCAAUACCGCCUCAGAUGGUGCCAGUUUUGCAUCGUUUCUGCGAGUGGGCCGACUUAAAUGGACCGGGAAUUAUGACGAUUCGAUCGAGAGAAACGGAAAAAGCAGGAAUAUACGAGAAAAAGGAGGAGACUACAAAAAGCAUAGGCUGGAAGCGGAGGAGGAGAGAAGAUAUUGAGACGCACCGACCAACUACCUCCCAAAGAGGCUGUGAUCCAAGUUUAAGGGCAAACAUGAACAGGGCAAAAAGCGACAGACACAGGCAAACAUGCAGACGAGAAGAUCGAAGAACAGGAAACAGACUGGCUGACCGGAGGCAUCUGCUAAUCAUUGACCUUCAUCUAGAGACCCAAGGUCUUGCCAAUUCAGACUGCCCCAUGCGUCUUGACGUUCCUCUUCUUCUCUUGCGUCUUUUUGUCGAUAGACAAAAAAGGACUAUGAACAAAAGCCUGAGGUGCUAG